CUCUUUUCUUGCUGAUUACUUUCGGGAGGGCGCUGCUGUCUUUCUAAUUGAUAGAAAUUUUGUUGCAUCCGGAUACCAGAAUCCCCCAAUUCCCCAAUUCCUGGAAGGCCUUUUUUGCCGUCCAGAACAGCCGGUUCAACAUGUCUCAAACAGUUGGAAAGACCCGUCUUGCCUACUCCCGUACAUGGCAUUAUGUCGACGCCGGCUCUGAUCCGCGCUCGCUCGGCAGGCUCGCAUCAUCAAUUGCUCUCGUCCUAAUGGGCAAGCACAAACCUAUCUAUGACCCUUCAACCGAUUGCGGAGACUACGUUGUAGCAGUGGGCUGCCAUGAUUUACAUACAACGGGGAAGAAGCGACAGCAGAAGAUGUACUAUACGCACACCACACGUCCCGGUAGUUUGAAGAGUAUGACCAUGGACAAGAUGUUUGAGAAAUGGGGCGGUGGUGAGGUUCUGAGGAGGGCAGUUCGAGGAAUGUUGCCGAAGAACAGGUUAAGGGAGAAGAGGCUGGCGAGGUUGAAGACCUUCGAGGGCCUGCAACAUCCCUACAGGCGGAACAUUGUAAGGUUUGGCAACAAACCGGUCAUUGGAGAGCUCUCUGAAGUUCAACAAGCGUUCAAGAAGGCCAGGGAGGCAGCAGCAUGAACGCAUUAUGGAAAUUGAAUUCAUACCCCGGGUCACCAUGUUGGUCACGUCCUGGCCAGGUGUCUUUUUUUCCCCAUCCUCUGUAAUUUAUAUUUUUCUGUGUAUCAUGACCUAUCUGCGAGCGCAUGGGUGGAGUCCAACUGGGAUGUCCUGUUAUUUUCUCUUGACACUUGUUUCGAUUUUCGUUUGGCCGCUUGUUUGGAGAUGCUGACCUACAUAUACCGAAGUAAUCAGAUUCA